AAAAGAAGUAUGAAAUUACUAACAAUUUUCAGUUUUAUUUUGCUUGCUACGCUUGCGGUUGGCCAUGGAGACACCGAUAAAAAGCAUUACAUAGUCUACAUGGGACAACACUCUCACCCAAGCUCAGAGUCUGUCAUCUCGGCUAACCAUGACAUGCUUGCAUCGGUUCUCAAAAGUAAUAACGGAGCAAAAGAAGCUACAGUCCACCAUUAUACUAAAAGCUUCAGAGGCUUCUCCGCAAUGCUUACACCCAAUCAAGCAACAAAACUUUCAGAAAAUGAAGAUGUUGUUUCAGUCUUUGAGAGCAAGAUGAGUCACUUGCAUACGACCAACUCAUGGAAUUUUUUAGGAAUAGAUUCUAUUCCUCAAUAUAACAAGCUUCCUAUAGAUAUACAAUCGGAUGUUAUUGUUGGUGUCAUUGAUUCAGGCGUGUGGCCGGAGUCACAAAGCUUCAAUGACUACGGAUUAGGGCCUGUGCCGACGAGGUUCAAGGGAGAAUGUGUGUCGGGACAAAAGUUCACACCGUCGAAUUGCAACAGGAAGCUUAUAGGAGCUAGAUACUACUCGAAAGGAUUCGAAGCGGUAAAUGGUCCUCUUGAGAACACUAACAAAACCUUCUUUCGAUCAGCACGAGACAAUGACGGCCACGGGACCCAUACAUCAUCUACUAUUGCUGGAUCAAAGGUUUCCAAUGUUAGCCUAUACGGGCUAGCCUCAGGCACCGCAAGAGGAGGCGUGCCAAGCGCUAGACUGUCGACAUACAAAGCUUGUUGGUUCGAUAUUUGUGAAGACGCCGACCUUUUUGCAGCAUUAAGCGACGCUAUUCAAGAUGGCGUCGACAUUAUUUCUCUCUCUCUUGGUCCAAAUCCGCCUCAACCAGUUUACUUUGAAGAUGUUAUUUCUAUUGCAUCAUUUCACGCGUUUCAGAAAGGUAUUGUUGUAUGCGCAUCGGCUGGUAACAACUUCUUGCCACAGUCAGCGACGAAUGUGGCUCCAUGGAUCCUCACUGUCGGUGCUAGCACACUCGAUCGCGAGUUUCCAUCAUACGUACUUCUCGGGAAUUUAAAACAGUUGAAGGGUUUUGGGGUAAACACAAAGCCGGAUCAAGGGAAACAAUACAGUAUCAUAUUCGGGGGCGUUGCUGCAGCGUCCGGAAUCCCCUCUAGUAAUGCAAGUUUCUGCAAGAAAAAUACCUUGGAUUCAAACUCGAUCAAGGGGAGAAUUGUGGUUUGUAUGCUCGAGAAGCUGAGCGAUGACAGGUUCGAGAAGGUGACUGCAAUAGAAGAAGGCGGUGGUGUCGGAAUGAUCCUCAUCGAUCCUGUUGCAAAAUAUGUAUUGGGUCAGUCAGUAAUCCAAAGUGUUCUAAUCGGGGAAGCCGAAGCUGAAGCGCUUCAAACGUACAUGAAAACCGAAAAGAAUCCGACGGCUAGGAUCUACCAAACGGUCACACAUGUCGGGAUCAAACCAGCACCAGUGAUGGCGAUAUUCUCCUCCAAGGGACCGAACGUUAUAACACCCGACAUCAUCAAACCGGAUAUAACCGCACCAGGAGUGAACAUUUUGGCCGCAUGGUCACCUGUAGCGACCGAAAAAACUGCUGGCAACAACAUCGACUAUAAUAUUAUCUCGGGUACCUCUAUGUCGUGUCCACAUGUAUCUGCAGUGGCUGCACUAUUGAAAUCGGUUCAUCCUUAUUGGAGCCCAGCCGCGAUAAAGUCUGCAAUAAUGACCACAGCAACCAUCGCUGAUAACACCCGAAAUUUCAUAAGAAACGACGAUUCUACAAAUGCGACUCCUUUUGAUUACGGAUCAGGGCACAUAAAUCCAGCUGCAGCAAUAGAUCCCGGACUUAUUUAUGAUUAUGACACCAACAAUCUCAUUGAUUUCCUUUGCAGCAAUGGGGCAAGCGUUACACAACUCAAGAACUUAAUCGGAACUCCAGUUUACUGCAAGAAACCUCCCACACUCUCCUAUAACUUCAACUAUCCGUCAAUCGGUGUCGCUAAUAUGUCUGGAAAUGUAUCAGUUUAUAGGACUGUUACAUAUAUCGGUGAUGGCCCGACUGUUUAUUAUUCAAAACUAGAAACAAUUACAGGAGUAAAAACUUCGGUUUAUCCUAAUGUCCUCAGGUUUUCAAAAUCGGGGGAGAAGAUGACUUACAGGAUCGAUUUCGUGCCUUAUAAAAGUAGCAAUGGCAGCUUCGAUCUUGGAUCGUUGACAUGGAGAAAUGAUGUUCAUGUGGUUAGGAGUCCUAUUGCGGUUAAUGUAAUUUCGGUUUGAUACCAUAUGAAGUCACAUUUGUAAUUUAUUUUUUUUUUGUACUUGGGAUCUUCUGAACAUCUAUAUUUCCUUGUAUGUAAAUGCCAACAUUAUUGGAAAUGGAAAUAGAAAAAGAGAUUCAUAUUUA